UUAAGAUUGUUGCAAAAAAAGUGUGGGCAAAAAUUUGCCAUUCCCGACUUCCUUUUAAUGUCAAUUGACAUCAUUGUCAAACGAUUAAUUUUAUAAGUUGAAAAAUACAUAACAAUUAAUUAAGUAAGCGAGUGAAGUUCUUACUUCAGUGCUUUGCGCGUCUUUAGGCGGAAGCAGAAGAAAUAUUAACAAGUAAUUUCCGUGUACCUGGACGAACGAAGACGAUUUUCAUCAUUCCAAUUUUCUAGUCAAAAGAAAUCCGUUCCAGUUUCGUCAAGGUUCCACUCGCCAAGCCAGCUGUGUUUAGCAUUCACAAACUAUAAAUGUUUAAAGUUCAUCCAUCUACGAGCCAUCCACUCUUAGCAAAAUAAAAUGCAGUCUUACGCAGAUAGUCCACCGCGAAUUAGUAAAGAAGAUCUUUUCAUGAUCAUCGCUCUCUGGAUGCAAGAUUUUGUCACACACGAAGAAGCUGAAAUCGAUAAGGAUACUAAACAAGUUGGGGCAGUAUUAGUAUCUGCUGACGACGAGAUACACGCAGCUGACUGUUCACGAGAGGGAGUUCAUGCAGUUGCUAGAUUAUUAAUAAAACAUCCAGAAAAAACGAAAGGCUCCAAAAUCUUCAUGUCUCGAAAACCUUGCCAUUUUUGUGCAAAACUUCUCGUUCAAUCAAAAAUACAACGUGUGCUUUAUCUUCCCUUUCAUCCCGAGUAUUAUAAACAAGCAAGAAAGAAUAAAAAUAAAAUGGACGAAGUCGAUGAGUUAUUUAAGUCAAGUUCAAUUGCAUCAUCAUUGUUUGUAUUUAAAAUAGAAAAGAACGUUCUUAAACACGAAAAAUUAAAUAACGAUUCAUUGAAGAAAUGUGAUAUUAGUUGCAUGAAAAGAAAGUUCGAGCUUGAUCAAUGGAAGUCAGAUUGGCUCAGCAAGAAAAGCGGUGAGUCAUGUGCGAAAAUCAAACGCGAGCUUCCCUGGCCAAUAUUUGAUAGUAAAAUCGGCGAGAAAGUUGAAAAACGGUUCGAUGAUGCAAUGAAAUGGAUGGCAAGGGUCAUAGUUGCGAGUGGACGGUCCCUAAAAGACGAUUUCCGUAUGUGUCCUCUUUUAUCACGAAACAAGAAUGCUAGUUCUACAAGUGAAACACAUUCAUUCAGUAAUUUUGACCCUACAAAGGAGAAAUGCCGACAGAAAGCUAAUCAUUUAAUGAUUCUUGCAAGUUUUCUUACUCGACGAACAGAUGAUCCAAAAACAGGAGUGGGAGCCGUGAUUGUGAACUCAAAGAUGGAUAUCCUCUCGUUUGGUUGGAACGGAUUUCCACGAAAAGCACGUUAUGGUGAGUUUGGAAGAGGAUCGAACCACGAUAAAGGUGUCAAGUCUAAGAUUCCGUACAUAUUACAUGCCGAACAAAAUGCUUUGCUCAUGCGCAACUGUCACAGCGUCAAAGAUGCGAUUCUUUUUGUAACAAAGCAACCGUGUAACGAAUGCACACCAUUGUUAGCGAUGGAAGGAAUCACAACAGUUGUGGUGGGCGAUGAAGUAAAGAAGCGUAUUCCAAAAAAGAAGUUAAAGUAUGACAUGUUCCCAAAAAUGUUGAAAAAAAGAAAAUUCUUAUGCUUUGAAUCAAAGGAAAGAAACUCAAGGCAAAAUCUUUUACAAAAACGUAAGGGUCAUAGUCAAUGUCACAAUAAAAUAAAAAAACCGAGGACAGAGUGAUCAAAUUAAUCGGUUCAUAUUUUUCAAAGCACCUCAGAAAAGAAACAUUAACCUGCAAUACUUCGCUACAUUUUCUUAGCUAUUUACAUACUUCAAAUUUUUAACUUUUGAUUUUUUUCUGCCCGGACUUUUCAUUCAGAUUAUGUAUUUUUUAUUUUUAUAUGCAUUUUAAUAUUUCAUGAAGGAUUACAACAUCAAACAUCUCAUUUCCAAACAAUUUUUGUGUAGGAUGACUUUUUAUUUGGUCCAUUAACAUUUUCACAUGGCAAUAAAUUCUACAUACUUGUUUUAAA